ACUAACUGGAAGUCAAACUUUACUAUUCUGCCUCUCCCAGCACUUCUCCUGCUGGAUAGAGGAGGUGGAAACUUCCAUGCAAAUAAACUUCAGGAACUGAAAGUUUUUUGUUAGAGGAAAUGUGCAUAUUUUCAUUUUUCUGCAGAGGAUAUAGAAACACUAUUUUAUUUUUAGCAUGCUGUCUUCUAUCAGUUGCUCACUAAAUCACCUGUGGGACUCGCCCUCCAUUUUAACCACUCCCCUCUGUAGACUUGGGUGACACUGCAGAAUAAGAUCUGUUUUCACUGACGACAAAAGCCUGAGGAUUUUUGAGAAGGACGGGGUCAUUACUUUUUUUUUUUUUUUUUUUUUUUUUGGAAAAAAGUUGGAGCAAAUGCUUUCUUUGGAGAUUAAGCAAAUAAAAGCAGAAAACUAGCAAGUAGCAGUGAGGAUAUAUUAUUUCCUUUUUUGUGAGUGAACUUUAGAGACUCUGAACUUGAAUAACAAACUGCAGCCAUGCAAUCGGAAGCAGACUGUUUGAGUCCAGAAGCUCAGAAACUGGCUGAAGCAAGGCUUGCAGCAAAACGAGCAGCACGUGCUGAAGCGCGGGAAAUUCGGAUGAAAGAACUUGAGAGGCAGCAAAAAGAGAUCUAUCAGGUUCAAAAGAAAUAUUAUGGUCUGGAUACUAAGUGGGGUGACAUCGAGCAAUGGAUGGAAGACAGUGAGCGUUAUUCCCGUAAAUCCAGAAGAAAUGCUUCGGCUUCGGAUGAAGAUGAGCGCAUGUCAGUGGGUAGCCGUGGAAGCUUGAGGCCUUCUGAAUACAGCUGCUACCUUGGUUCCGGAUCUCGGACAUCUUCAAGAGCCAGUUCUGCUCGGGCAAGUCCAGUGAUUGAAGAAAGGCCGGAAAAAGACUUUGAGAAGGGAGCUCGUACUGUAUCAAACUUAUCAGCAGCUACACUUGCCUCUCUGGGUGGAACUUCGUCCCGGAGAGGCAGCGGAGAUACCUCUAUCUCAGUUGAUACAGAAGCAUCCAUUAGAGAAAUUAAGGAGAUCAAUGAGUUAAAGGACCAGAUUCAGGAUGUAGAAGGCAAAUACAUGCAGGGAUUGAAAGAAAUGAAGGACUCCCUAGCAGAAGUUGAAGAAAAAUAUAAGAAAGCUAUGGUGUCCAAUGCUCAACUAGAUAAUGAGAAAACAAAUUUCAUGUAUCAAGUAGACACCCUGAAAGAUGCACUGUUAGAAUUGGAAGAACAACUGGCAGAGUCAAAGAGGCAAUAUGAAGAGAAAAACAAGGAGUUUGAGAGGGAAAGGCAUGCUCAUAGUGUAUUGCAGUUUCAGUUCACAGAAAUGAAAGAAGCCUUGAAGCAAAGAGAAGAAAUGCUUGCAAAACAUGGAAUAAUCCCAGACUCAGAAGUAGCUACCAAUGGAGAAACUUCAGAUGCUUUUGAUAAUGAAGGACACUCAGAUUCUUCCAAGAUUACUCAAGGCACAACUCAGGUGCUAAACACAUCUGGGAAUGGGACCCUAGGCAGAACCAAUGAAGUGGAGAUGAAAAAUGAGAUUUUGGAGAAUGUGGGGAAAAAGGAAAUCUUGCAGAAUACUGAGCAUGAGCAACACAAGGAGGAGUCUGAGGAGCAGGAAAUUGUAAAGGAGUAUACGGAGAUAAAGACCUUGCAUACUGAUGAAAAUACAGAGAGAGAGAAAGCCAUUGAAGAUACUGAUGUCACCUCAACAGUAAUAUUAAUGAAUAGUGGACUGGAGGAACAAACUGAAUGCUAUAGAGAACAUGUAUUAGGAAAUGUAUCUUCCUCUGAAAAUAGUGAUGCAGGUAGUAGCGUAGAAAUCCAGCAGCCCAUUAGCAAGGAAAGUGAACAUGGUAGUGACUUAAAUGAGAGGUCUAAUCAGAAUCUGGAAACAGGUACACUGCAGAGUCAGGAUAUUAAGGUUUCCCAGGCAGAGUGUCGUAACUUAGAGAGACAGGAAUUUGAAGAAAUUGCACAGCAGCAGAAAGAAAAACAGGAGGAUUUUAUAACUAGCCAAAAAGAAGGUAGUGAAGCAACUCAGGAAGUUCUUGAUUUUGUGGGUAGCAGUCAUGCAUUGGUUUCUGAUCAGUCAGAACCACCUGAAAUUGUAAUCACAGGUUCAGCUAUUGAAGGGCCAUGUGUGGAAGCUCAAGUUGAAAGACAGUAUCAAGCAGAAGGAAGCCCUAAAAAUGACGUUAUGAGUGAUGAAGGUGAAGAGUGCAUUGACAGAACAAUUGAUAAUGUAGAGGGUGGUAGAGAGGAAGAAGAAAAUGAAACUGAUACAGUCCAGAAUCUGGAAAGCCAAGAAAUAAAAGCUGUAGAAGAGGAGGAAGAAGUGUCAUGUGACACUGAGAUAGUGCCAGAUAAUACUGCAAAGGAACAAAAAGUAGAUGAAACACCAACUCCGUCACUUCUUUCAGAGAAUGAUCUGCUAUUAGCAGGAGGAGAACAAAGUAUGGUAAGUGCAGCAGAGAAUGGAAUGAAUAUGAAGCAGAGGCCAGGACAACAGGAAGUGUUAGUGGGCAAAUUGGAUUCAGAUUCUGAAAACAAAGAGGUACAACUUGAAAGAUCUGUGGAUUUUAUAGACUGUAUUACAGAGGUAAAAGAAUCUGAAUCACAUAAAACAGAGCAAGAUCAAGGUCCCAUGAACAAAGAACAACCCCAAGAAACUAUUAUAGACCCUAGUCACAGUGAUGAAAAAAUUCAAGGGGCAGAAGAUACUGAAGUAUGGUAUGAAUCUCAGGAAUUUGAAGAUAAUGGUACUGAACAGGUGGAGGGUAAGAACACACAGGUAGAAGUCCAAACACUUCAAUAUAGUGAAGACAUAAUAUAUGGCACAAUAAUAGAUAAUGUUUUGGAAAGUAAAAUGCAGGGAGUAGCUAAACAAGAAGCAGCAGCUGCACAGGAAUCUCCUAAAAAUAUUAGUGUAAUUAUUGAGGUAAAAGAUGGAAUGGAGGAAAACAGCAAGAAGCCAGGGCCUGCAGACCAGCAGCUUGAAACAUUUACCUCUGCGAGUACAAAUAAUGUUUUUCAGGAAGCCACAAAACAAUCACAGCAACAUACUGAAGAAGCUGGAAGCAACAUAAAAGAAAUGGAAGAGCAGAAUACAAGGUCAGAUGAGAUGUGUGAAUCUAUUAGGGAAGAGAAGGAUAAAAAUUGGGAGGGUCAGGGAAGUGAGGAGGACAAAAAUAAUAGAACAGAACAGCAAAAUGAGAUGCAGGAAGUCAUUCCAGAAGCUGAGGGGGAAUCAAAUUGCCUCAGUAGACAGGAAGGUCAGUUACAUAAGAAGCUUAAAGUUAAUGAGGUAGAGGUUCAAGAGGAAGGAGUGGAAGAUGAGGGUGAAACAUUCAUCUUUCAGUCAAAUCAGGAAUUAGAAACUAGUGAAAGGAAGGAUGCAGAGAAAGUUGCUGCACAGAAGCUGGAAGAUGUUAAAGCAAAGGAAAUUGUCACAGAAGCUAUCAAAACAGGAGAAGGUGGAAAGGAAGAAGCUCAUCAAGGCAGUAUAUACAAAACAGAGAAUGAAGUCUUGUUGACUGAAGACAAUGCAGGUAUCCAAGAAAAAGGAGAGGAAUCUGAAGAAUCAGAUGCAUCCAGAUCUGAAACUGCAGAGAAAACAUGUGAGGUGUUGGAGGACAAAACUAAAGUGUUAGAAACUGAUGAUUCAGAAAAAACAACCAAUAACCCUUUAUUAGAAAAAGAGUUGGAAAGCUUGAGCACCACCAGUGUUGAAAGUAAAGAAGAUAUCACAGGUAUUAAAAGGGGUAAGGGUAAAUCUAAAGAAGAUUGUAUAAUAUCAUGAGUUCAUAAUCUAGGAACUCAAAUAAAUUACCUGCUCUUGGAUCAGUUCCAGUACAAAAUAAUGCACCGUGCACAGUAAUUCAGACUUUAGGAAUGAUGAUGUUUUUGUUUUGUGGUUGUUUCAUCAUAAUAAUGUCAGUUCAUAGAUGUGAAUUCCAUCCAAUUUACUGUCGUAUAUCACCACCAGAUAUUGUAUACUCAGAUUUUGAUUUUUAAUUUCUCUCAGGUUUCAUGUUUAUCACCAAAUAAGCAUCAUAAAUAAACUUUUCAGACCAACUUGUUAAAAUAAAUGUAAGGCUGGUAUCUUCCAAAAAAUAACAAUUGUUCUUACUUUCUAGACUAGUUUUUAAACAAGCUAUAGGUCUUGCAUGCAAAGGCAACAGUACAAUUAAAAGUUGCUUUGCUGAACAUACAGCAAUAUAAGGUAUGCAGCACCAUAAAUAUAGUUACCACAUUUGUUUGUAAAUGCUUCAGUUCAGGAACCAACUAUCAUUGCUAAUGCAAAAAGUAUAAUUUCACUGUGUAUUAUUUUAAUAUGGGCACAUUCCAAAGUAUGGCAUAUAGUUUAUAAGAUGAACUGCCAAAAUGUAUUAGUUUAUACACUUUGAAAGAGCAAUAUACAGUUUAAGAAUUUAAAGCAUAAAUGGCUCCAGAGUUGUUAGUCUGCUGAAAGGAGUAAGUAUGUAUAUGCUUACUUAGUCUAGGCACUUUGCACCAGAAUAAGCCUUUGACCCCAUGUUUUAACAGGGGCGUUCUUAUCUUUUUCUAGAGAAGUUUUCUCAGUACACACUGUGAUGUGUGUUCAUACUUUCUGUCAAGUACAUUUAGUUAAUUAGUUAUAUUAUGAUACUAUUUUCCUACAAGAAAGUUUAAAUUGUAUUUCCUUAUUGCAUAUUUUUGCAAAAUACUAUUCUGAAAGAAUGUUUUCUUGUCUCUGGAAGUACUAUUUCCUUCUUUCUUGCCAGAAUGAAGGAAUUUUGAAUGUCUUAAUCCUCUUGAAUGUCUUAAUUUUUAUUGAAAAGCAUCACACCAAAGAUAACUGCUGUUGCUCCUUGUGUAUUAUCUCCUAUAUACCAAGCACUGAGUCUUGUGAAAAAUAAUGUUGCUUUUGAUUUGAUACUGUAAAUAUAAACAAUUGAGAGAUUAUCAAUUCUUCAAUAUAUUUCUUAUGUGAAUAUUUUAAACCAGCUGAAAGAAAAUGUGUUUUUUGCAUAAUAGAACAUUAUUUUAAACUUGCUUUAAGUAAUGAAAAUCAAAAGGGAAUCCAAACGAAAGUUUUUGCUGGUCAUAAAAUAUUUCUUGUAUUGCUGUUACAAACUUAAUAACUUACAGAUAUGUUGAAAUUUUUCAUAUGUCUAUCACAAAUGUACUGAACUGUAUAUAAUUGAAAUAAACAUUUUAUACUUUA